AUGCGUAGCAAGCUUGAUGUGGCGCCCAACAUGAUGGUGAUGGUUGGUCUUUUCCGAAAGCCAUCCCUGCGGGUGGCAUCUGCUUUCAACCAUUUCAUGGCAGGCCGUGGAGACAUCACUGAGUUUGCUGGCUUUUCCCGUGGCUUGGUGACCAAGCUGCUGGCCGGCGAGAAAGGGUACACACCUGUCCACUGCGAGUUUGCGUACCACGACCGCUUCGUCAACUGGACUCGCGAUUGCAGCUCCUACUAUUGCCAGGAGUGCGUGCGCAGCGCCGAGGAGGACCUGCCGAAGGCUUUGCAGAGGCUGCACGGCUUUGCCUUCAUCGGGCUUAUGGAGCAUUUCGAGCUUUCCGUGUGCCUCUUCCAUGCAAUGUUUGGUGGGAAGUGCUUGCCCAUCGAGUUUGUGAACAUGCGAAAAGGCGUUGAGCACCAGGAUCCCAUGCAGCUGGCGAAUGCACUCAGCGGCCAUGAGGAUCCGUACGACAACGCGGUUUACCAGGCGGCGUCCGAAAUCUUCUGGCGCAAUGUCGAGCGCUUCAAUGCGAACGAUGCAACCUGCGCCAGGUAG